AUGCAACAACAGGAAAAAACCGAAGGAUCAGGAGUCUCUCCUAGCUUCAGUUGUUACUCUUCUGAUAGUUUAACAUCCAUAGCAGUCGCCAAAGUCAUCCGUGAAGAACAGGCAAAAGAUCAUGAGUUCUCGUUUGUUUUAAGCGAUGAGGAUGUUUCAACCGAGGAAAACGAAUCACGAGGACAGAGAGUUUUUCCUGUUUUCAAUCGAGAUCUACUGGUGAAAGUUGACGAAGAUCGUGAGGCUAAAGCAAAGGAAAAUGAGCUUCAUGUUUCUUCUUCUAUUACUGGUUCGUUACAGAAGCUGUUUAUAGAAGAACAAGAAGAAUCUUCAUGGGAAGACGACGAAUCCGAAAGUCAACAUUCUAAAACAUACUGCGUACUGUGGAGGCCUAAGGCCGACUGUGGAUCGCCACCUCGUUUGAAUAAAUGUAAGAAGAGUAGUUCUACCGGAUCAGGAUCCAAGAGAUGGAGUAUCCGGUGUUUGCUCCGGCGGAGCAACAGCGAGGGUAAAGAACCUAUGGUGUUGUUGACUCCUAAGAAGGUCGAUAGUCCGAAACAGAAACGGAAUUCCGGUGAGGUUUCAAAAGUCGCAGGGCGACCGAAGGUGCAAACUCCUGUACGUGAACUGUUUUAUGUGAGAAGAAGAGCUGAAAAUGAAAUGGUUACGAGGAAAUCAUAUCUACCCUACAGGCAAGAUUUGGUAGGAUUCUUCUCAAAUUUCAACGGAAUUCGCAAAAUGCUUCCAUUUUAA